GUUGUGUGAAGAAGCGUACGGUUUAUGUUGGAAACCGUGCAGUCUUAAGACGUUGACUGAACAAUGCAAUGCAAAUUACUUUAACGUAAGCGUUUAACAUAGAGCCAAUGAGAUGUCCGAUACUGUAGCCUUUCAUGCUCAGCUAGCCUCCAUCAUUGAGGUUUUGGCGAAUGCAGCCGUUGCCGAAAUCUGCAAACUUGUAGAUGACGGCCAUGCCUCCUUACGGUUGGAAAUUUCCCAUAGCCAGAAAGAAAUCGACAACCUGCGGAGGAAGCUGCUUUUGACAAAAUUCCAGCAUUCUCGACGGAGUGCAGAGAAAUUGGGAGUCCUGCGACGCACAGUUCACCGACGCGUGGACACCGAUAAGUUUACCCGGGCAAGAGAGAGCUUCGUAGAAAAGCCAACAGACAGACUUGGAUAUUUGCAGAAUUGUUUUGCCGACAGUGAAGGGAGCAACUUUACGCAGAAUGUAGCCAACUGGAGAGACUCAGAACGCACAGCAACAGACCGGGAUUGGGGCAUGCAGAUGGCAGAUAUGCAAGUGGCACCUCUUAUCAAAAUGGAGAACCAUGGCACCAGUAGAACAGAAGAGAUUGUCCAACUGGUCAGUGAGAGCAGUGAGAAGAUCAUUGUGGCAGAACCAGGUUCUUCGUCAUCUACUGAAACCACAGACCUUCUGGACCAGCAGGGCAAUCGAGACAGAGCUCCAGACACCUCACUCGAUAUAGAACCUGAAAACCAGACCUUCCAGCAUCCAGCGUCACAAUACAACAGAGCAAGACAAGACCAUCAGGUUGCUGAGGGUGUGACCUGGGAAACUGACCAUCAACCCAUAGAAUACAGCCUGUCCCAAUGGACAGAGAACCAAGAGACUGACAAUCGAACUGUGAAUGCUCUUCACAAUGCUGGGCCAGACUCCAAGAGGCUGUCUGGACAUCCAGAGAGGAGAGGGGUGUCUGGUAACUCUGGGGUCUGCGUGUCAGCUUUGGGCUCUCUGGACUGGCUGCCUGAUGUGGUGAUGGUGGACUCAGUUCCCAUUAAAGUGGAGGCAGAUAUGAGUUCAGAAUGGAGCAUAACUGGCCAAGAGGCGACAUCUGGAGAGGUCUGUUCAGACGGCAGGCAGCUUGUGGACAACAGAGGAAGAGGGGGAAUGGAAUCUGGACAGACAAAGUGUCCCCCUGACACUCAACAUGCAGAACAAGGGACAACUGUAGGAUCAAGGUCCAAGAUGUCAGAUUUCAAUGGACUGUCCACCCGAAACAGAUUUUCAUCCCCAAGGGUUACUCUCCACCAGGUUCCCCAAAGAGGGAAGCCAGCCCACUCCCCGAAUUUCAACAGAGGCUCCACUUCUUCACCAAAAGGCAUAGAAAAGCAGCCGCAACAGCUAACGUCUCACUCGCCCAAGAGGCAGCUCCGGUGCAGCCUCUGUGGAAAGCCCUUCCACCAGCCGGCUCACCUGCGGAGUCACAUGCGGGUCCAUACGGGGGAGAAACCGUACGGCUGCAGCCACUGCACCAAGCGCUUCUCCCACAGCCACCAGCUGAAGAUGCAUGAGAGGGUGCACACCGGAGAGAAACCAUUUCAAUGUGUCUACUGCGGGAAGUCCUUCACCCAGUCCGGCAACAUGAAGAAGCACCUCCUCGUCCACACUGGUGGCAGGCCACAGGACAUUGGGCUGCCUUGAGUGUUCCAGGGUGAAGUUACCCCUUGGUACAGAUCUAGGAUCAGCUUCCUCUCCCACAAUCUUAACCUUUACCAUUAGUAGAAAGAAAUGCUAAACUGACCCAACAUCAGCAUCUAGGGGCAAUUUAACACUACUCUUCCUGGUGUAAUGAAAUGCAGGGCCAGUAGUUUUUCCUCAGAAUGUGACCAGACUGGGGGAAAACUCCUGGUCCUAGUUGUAAGGGGAAUGGCUCCACACUCAUGGGUUUUCAUAUUUAUUUUUUUAUUUAUCCUUUAUUUUACCAGGUAAGUUGACUGAGAACACGUUCUCAUUUGCAGCAACGACCUGGGGAAUAGUUACAGGGGAGAGGAGGGUGAUGAAUGAUCCAAUAUGAAAACUGAGUCAAUGUGUUUUUAACAGUUUGAUUGGUUUCCACAUUGAACGGUUCUGGUGUGUAGUGGUUGUAUUUUCAGUUUACUGGCUUGAUGCUUGGUCCAGAGUGGAUAGAUAAUGUAGAAGUUAUGAAGAAGACUCGAUCCUGAGCUAGCCUGACGACUCACACUAAAUUAUUCAGCUGCUCUGUCAUUCACUACAUACAGUCAUUUGUGGUGAUGAGGGGCACAAUGGGUGUUGUACAAAAUAAAGUCAUCAGUGAUUGGAUCGUCUCUAACCAAUUAAGAGUGUCCAUGCCAAUGACGAAUUUUCAAACCAUAGCUUUAAUCACGUGUUUUCUGACUCUGGCCCAACCCAAUCGGUUUCUGGACCAAUCAGAUGGCUCUGAAUGUAUUCGCAUUCAGUAAAGGGUCGGUGAGGUACUCCAAUCUGGACUCAUUGCUCUCAAGAAACUGACGUCUGAGGGAGUGGCGUAGGGUUUGGCCAGAGCAAAGAGUUGGUAGCCAGGAAAAUCCAGUAGUAUCUGAAAGUAGAAUCCAGUACAUUGUGGUUACAGGUUCCUGUGAAUGACUACAUAAACCAUUAUAUUCUUGCUGUGUGAUUGCUGCACUGCAUACUGCUAUUACAAUGUAAUUAUUAGUGCGGUUUGCGAAGCACGAGACCCCACUUUAAAUCUUCGUCAUACUUUAUAUUAUUAUUAUUUAAGCUAGAAACGCCAUUCAAACUUUAAACGUGCAGAGUGGUCAGGACCAAUGUGCUUGCAUACAACUUUUUAUAGCUUUUGUACUUUUUAAACUACUAAGCUUUUUGUCCCUUAUUUACUUUCAUAGUUUUUAUUCAACAUUGUAAAGGUCCUAUUGUGGCAUCAUCAACUCCCAGACUUCCAACAUCCAUUCACGGUUAACAAUGCAACUUUUGACGCAAAUCUGCAACUUUGACCACAUUUCCAGCACUUUAGAUUAAAACCUAGAGGGUAUGACAUUGAGGUCUAUUUCUCUGGUAUUCAAAUCUGGAAUCAGAACAGAAUUAUCUACUACCAAUCAAAAAGUUACAGCUGUUUGUCUGAGUUUAGAGUGAAGAAAAGCAGCUAACUAAGGUCAGCUAACAGCUCUCAUGUCUCGUCAUUGAGAUGCCCAAACGAAGCCGUUGCUAUGGAUACCAAUGCAUUUUAAUGGCAAAAAAAGUGUCAUAUACCAAAAUGGUAAAAAAAAAUGUAAUCUACAUUUACAGUAUCUCCUCUUUCACCAUUUAAAUGAUCUACUUCAAACCAACUUUGAUAUGUUCAGACGGGUCCUACUUAGAUUGUUUGUCAAAAGAUUUGAUACUAUAUAUAUAUAUAUAUACACAAAAAAUGGUAGAAAUGAACAUGGGUUUGAAUGAGAACCAUAGGAAUACAGAGGUAGCUAUUCAAAAUGGUCUUGCUACAUGACCAACUUUAAAACAUUCAGGCUAUCCUAACUUCACUCUAAGAUCUUUAUCAACUACAGAGUUGCAUAAAAUAACUGCACCGUUCAAGCUGGAGACACCAAACCAGCUUUCACAUGUUCAGGCUAUCUUAAAUUCAAAUUAUUGAACUUACAUCAACUACAAAUAUAUAAAUUAGCAUAUCAAUCAAAAGUUACAGCUCUUAGUCGGAGUUUAGUGACCAAAAGUAGCUAACUAACGUCAGCUCUCUCAUGUCUCAUCAUUGAGCCGUCUAAACGGAGCCAAUGCCAUAGAUACUCACGCAGAGGAGCGCAUGGGGCAGCGCAGGAAGCAAGGGACAGACCGAGAUCAGCUAUUGAUACUAACAGGAAGUUACUGUGUUGAGCAAUCGGGCGCUGGUAGGACCUGAACGUCACCGGCAUGGGUAGGGCUCGGCCUAAAAUGUCAUGCCUUUCUGCAUUUCUUUUCAUUCAAACUUCUGACAACUUUCCCAACAGGUUAGACAGAAACUUAGUGUAUGACGUCGUCCUCUACGUCACUGCUAUUCAAGCUGAAAUGGUGAUCACUGUUAGCCUAAAUAGUUUAUUUAUUAGAUACAACUACAGCUAGCUAUCAGUAGGUCUACAUACAAACCUAUUAUACAUAGUUCAACUACCACUAAAAUACUUUUUAAAGAUCUGUCAACACUAGAUGUAUCAUCAUAUUUCCCUCCCCAAAUAAUAGCCUAAAUGUUUCUAAUUCCUUAUGAGUUUCUCCCUUCCACCACAAGAGCAAGUCUAUAUAUUCAGAAAGCAAAAAGGUUGCAGAAUCAUGAUUUAUUUUCUCUCGUUUUAUGACAGAUCACAACCAGAAACAAGCAUGUUAGCAAAGCUUGAAUUAAUGAAUGGAUAUGCCCUGUUGUUUUUCCCUGCAGCAUCUGACUAAAUAUGCACGGCAUAUUGCCAACAAGACAAGUCCAAAAUAAUAUUUGAGUUUCUGACUUUGAACAGCAGACUUGUGAGUUUCCUACAAUACUCUGUACUGUUUAAUCAUUAUAUCAUCAUUCAACAAAAAUCUAACUUGAUUUACACUGAGUGUUUUACAAAAGUAAAUCAUGCAUUUAUUUAUCUGAAACCUGAGCAUGGAUGAUUGAGUUGCUUUGCUUUCCUUCGAGUGUUGUCCACAUGAUCCAGCCUUUUAUUACCAUCGUCUGACAGAAGAUAGCUUUGUCUUUCUUCUUCCAGUUUUCACACUCACCUACUGUAGUUUAGACAUUUUUGUGAUAACUGCCCCACAAUCCAAAG